AUGGCUCAGAUUUCUAUCAUCUCAGAGCAGGUGCAGCUCAAGUGUUCUGGUCUCAAAUUCUAUGAGACUUACAUAAAAAAAAUUGGCUCUCUUCAUCAAAUGUUCCCUGAAAACCUUAAGAGCUACGAAAUUGUGGAAGGAAAUGGUUUCACUAAUGGCAUCAUCAGCCACUGGAAAUAUGACUUCGGUAGCCUGACCGAGGCAAAAUUAAGGCUUGUUAUGGAUGAGCCUAACAAAUCAAUAACUUUGGAGUUUCUUGAAGGAGAUCUAUUUAGAGACUUUGAAGUGUUUAAAGUGAAAGUUGAAGUUAGUGACGGUGGAAGUCAUGGCAUGAGCUCAGUUAAAUGGUGCGUGGAAUUUGUGAAGACAAAUGAAGAUGUUCCUCCACCACAUAACUAUCUCCAAUUUGGACUUAAAUUGUGCAAAGCCCUUGAUGCUUACAUUUCUAAGAAAGUCAUGAGCCUUUGUGAGAGUUGUCUAAAAGUUAAAUCGACGUAG